UCGGUUCAUCCUGCACAUCCCGAGUGAGGAGAGGGACAACGCUAUUCGGGUGUGCUUCCAGAUUGAGCUGGCCCACUGGUUCUACCUGGACUUCUGCAUGCAGAACAUUCCAGGAGCUCCUCACUGUGGAAUAAGAGACUUUGCCAAAGCAGUCUUCCAUCACUGUCCGUUUCUAUUGCCUCACGGAGAGGAUGUGCAGAAGGUCCUUGAACAGUGGAAGGAAUAUAAAAUGGGUGUACCUACUUAUGGAGCAAUCAUUCUAGAUGAAUCACUUGAAAAGGUGCUGCUUGUUCAGGGCUACCUUGCCAAGUCAGGCUGGGGCUUUCCAAAGGGGAAAGUUAAUGAGGAUGAAGCUCCUCAUGAUUGUGCAGUUCGUGAAGUGUUGGAGGAGACAGGCUUCGACAUUAAAAAUCGCAUCUGCAAAGACAUGUACAUAGAGCAGAAAAUCACUGAUCAGCUAGUGCGUCUGUACAUCAUACCAGGAGUGUCAAAGGAUACCAAAUUCAACCCCAAAACAAGGAAGGAGAUCAGGAACAUUGAAUGGUUUCCUAUUGAGAAGCUCCCAUGUCACAGGAACGACAUGACCCCAAAGUCUAAACUUGGACUUGCCCCCAACAGGUUUUUCAUGGCCAUUCCAUUCAUAAGACCGUUGCGAGAAUGGAUCAGCAGGCUGAAAGGCGAGUCAACAGACAGCGAUGAGGACUUUUCAAACAACGGCAACGCUCCAUGCAAACCCUCAGACAAUGCUCGAACCUAACUUUGAAAGGCAAUGGGAAGAAAUGUCAUGAGUCACCUUAUACAAAGAAAGGAGCCAAUGACAGUGGAGCCAGUAACCAGCAGGUGAAAACCAUUUUAAAAGAAGAUAAAAGAAUUCAACCCAGAAGACUACAAGACAGUUUUGAGAGAGAUGUGGCUCCAUGCAGCUCCAACGAAUACCACAGCAAAGUCUGUGAGCACCUGCUGUCCUCCAAGGCUUUCCUCAAUUUCAAAUUUGACAGAGAGGCCAUCAUGAAAUGUUUUGACUACUGACAAAGCGCUGUGUUUCUCCUGUAACAACAUCAAACUAUGGCCUCUGACACUUUUUACCUUAUAAUCCAGGCAAGGAUGUUACCAAUUAAUUUUUUAAUACCCAGAUUAAUGAUUCAAUCUGCAGGUGAAAACCCAUAGACAAGAGAAACUGCUCAGGCUAACAAUUAGUCUUUUAAAGGCAAAAGAUCAAUAGUUUUAAGAACAUAAUCAGUUCAAAGCACAUGUGAGGUGUCAGUGAAAAUUGCAUACUUUCAGCUGUGUUAUCUUAGUGAAUUUGGGCCGUAAUUCAGUGUAUCAUGUUAAAUAUUGAUUUUAAAAUUUAAUAAUUUAGGCAUUGAUCAUUUCCUUCAUUCUUCAGAAAGGUGGGUAUUAACAGUGUUAUUGGCUUUAUGUAUUAACAGUGUUACUGGCUAUAUUACCAAGAUUUUAUCCAUAAAAGUAGAAUGUAAUGGAAAAUUAAUCUGUGGUAUGGAAGUCACCACCAUAAUUUCCACCAUAUAUGUGAAAAUUUGAUUUUAACAUUUUAAUUUUGCCGUAAAUCAUGCACACACAAAUGGGAAAAUUAUAUUUCAGUUUGAUUAAAUAUUUUAAUCCUAAUAUAUUUUCAGCCACAGGACUUUCAUACAUUGUUGUGGUGUUCCCACUCGUGUAUGUCUGUCUGGGUUUCAGCAGUCUUGUAAUCAAAAGCUGUUCUGUCCUGCAGACUAGAGGGUUUACAGAUUUAAAUUCCUGUUAAGAUUUCCACAAUUAUAUUCUUCAUUAUCUGACAUUAUGUGACUGUGUUAAAGUACUGUGAACAUAAGUUAUUCUCAAAAACAUUACAAAUGACUCUUACAAAGGGCCACAGUAAGGGGUUUCCAGCAACUAGAGUUGAAAACAAGCUAAUUUCAUAAAAUCAGUUAGUGUUUUAGAAGUCUUUAAAGUUCGACCCACAGUCUAACAAUUUAUAUUUUCUCCAUAAUAUCGUAUCUUUGUAUGUUUUUGGGAUGUUUGUCACUGGGGGUUCUUGUACAGUGAUCUAAAGUUGUCAUUUGGCUUAAGUGGUGUUUUGAAAUAAAAUGUGAAUAUUAAUAAAGUUGUUUUUUUCACUGUC